AUGAAGAAGGAUCCGCUACUCAUUGUCGGGCCAAUGACUUUUGAGUCAACUCAAAAGUCACGAGGCGAUGAAGACGGAUCCGCUGCUCAUCGUCUGCCCAAUGCUGUACCACUUUAUCUCCCUCCUCGAUUCCCCUCCUCCCCCUCCUUCCCCACCCCCCUUUCUCGCUUGUCCUCCCACCAAAUCAGGCCUAGAGGCGAUGCUCAUCGUCUGGAGGCGAUGAAGAAGGAUCCGCUGCCCAUUGUCGGGCCAAUGCUGUGGCGCUGCUUGCAGUCUGACCAAUUCUGCUUGCCCCACUCCUCCCUCCUCGUUCCUCCUCCCUCUCCCGCCCAAUCAGGUCUCGAGGCCAUGAAGAAGGAUCCGCUCCUCAUUGUCGGGCCAAUGCUGUCGGGACAGGUGGCGCUGCUCGGAAGCAGCCUCGGGAAUGCCGCCCAGAUCCCCAUGGUGGCGUAUGCUGCCACGGAUCCCACCCUCACUGUCAGCACGGAGCGGCAGUUUGUCAUGCGAACGACCCACAGCGAUGCUGCUGAGAUGCAGGCCAUUGCAGACAUUAUCAGGCAUCACGAGGAGGACAGGUGGAUGGAGGUGGUCACAAUCUACAUUGACAACCGCUUUGGCCGCAACGGCAUCGUUGCUCUCGAAUCGGCUCUCCAGAACAAGGGCUCCAAGGCUAGAAUAUCUCGCGCCAUACCGCUCGACAUCACGUGGACCGUGGCAGACGUGAAAGAGAAGCUGCUGCCCCUGGGGUCUAAAGCAAGAAUAUCUCGCGCCAUACCGCUCGACAUCACGUGGACAGUGGCAGACGUGAAAGAGAAGCUGCUGCCCCUGGUGGAGCGGGAGGAGUCGACAGUGGUGGUGGUGCAUGAUGCAGGGGGGCAGGACACGGGGCGAGUCUUCAUUGCUGCUGCUGCUGUCUCUGGUAGAGUGGAAAGGGAGGAGUCGACAGUGGUGGUGGUGCACGAUGCAGGGGGGCAGGACACAGGGCGAGUCUUCAUUGCUGGUAGGGAGGAGUGCUGCGUGUGUGCUGGUAGGGAUGGCGAUAUAGCUGCUAGAAAAAGCAGUGAUAGGGGUGUUGGUGGUGGGUUGCUGAUGGGUGCACGGCGCAAGGGGGCAGGACACGCGGAAAGCAACAGAGGCCACGUGGACACCAUGGAGCUGGGACUGCUAACUGCCCCGUACGCGUGGAUAGCCACAGAGGCCACGUGGACGGUUGUGAUUAGCGGAGAUGACACGCUGGCACCCGUCAGGAAAGCCAUGGAGGGUGUGUUGGGCAUUCAAGCCUACCUGCCGCCAUCACCUGAGCUCGCCAGCUUUAACAAGCUCUGGAACAGUGUGGAUCCCAAGCAGUACCCGGGGGCAGGCGAGAAGCCGGACAUAUACACUCUGCUGGGAUACGACACAAUAAUCAGUAGUAGCACGAGUGGUGGUGGUGGUGGUAGUGGUGGGGAGCAAGCAGCACUGCCAGGGUCGGUCAUCGGGCACAACCCCAUCUCGCCGCUCCUCUCAAUCACCACCUUCCAGUUCAGACGGUGCCGCUCUUUGCGAGACGGCGCUGCUCUUCGCGAGGUGCUGCUGCAUACUGAAAUAAACGGGGUCACUGGGAGGUUGAAUCUGCUGCCCAACGGGGACCGUGACAAGAGCGACCUGGAGGUUAUCAAUGUGGUCAACGGCACUGCUCGCGUGGUGGCGUACUGGCAGAGCUCCAGGGGAUUGCUCUCCACCACCAAGCAACUAGUGCAGCGAGGGCGCAACGACAGCUGGUCAACAGUUGUGUGGCCUGGGGGAUCGAAUCAGGCACCUUGGGGUUAUCUUCCCAAGAAGAAGCUCCGGCUGGCUGUCCCGGUGAAAAUGGGCUUUCACCAGUUCGCAAGCAUCGCCAGCACCACAACAGGAAGCGAAUCAGACCAGGCUGCUGUGGGGGGGUUCCCUGUGGCUGUCUUUCGGGCCACAGCAGCGCACCUCAAGUACCCUCUUCGGUUCGAGUUUGUGCCGUUUGGCAACGGCUCCUCCAACCCCAGCUAUGAUGAGAUGCUGCAAGCCGUGGCUGAUAAGAAACUGGACGGUGCGGUUGGGGACGUUGUCAUUACAAGUCAACGCACGCGCAUUGUCACCUUCUCAACCGCAUUCAUGUCCUCCAGUUUGGCAAUGGUCACGCUCGCACCGGAGGACUCCAACCCCUGGACGGCCCUGGUGCCCUUCUCCCCUUCCAUGUGGAUGUGGCUCGGCAUAGCAGCCGUCCUCUUCGCCCUCACCAUCCUCUUCCUGGAACGCCGCAACAACUCCCUCUUCCUGCAACACCCCGUGGAAGGCGAAACCAAGGCCGCCCAGUGCCGCUCGAAAGCCUUCUCGCUGCUGCAGGAUUUCUGGGAGGCGCUGUGGAUUUCAUUCCAGAACAGUGAGUUGAAACGCCCCUAUGUGCACUGCCUGGUGUGGUAUGGGCUGGUGCUGAUUCUGAGCACCUCGUAUACGGCCAACCUCACUUCUAUUUACACCGUCAACCUGCUCACUCCGCCUCUCCAGAGUCUCUCCUUUCUAACAUCUCCCGAGUUCCUCUCCUUUCUAACAUCUCCCGAGUUCCUCUCCUUUCUAACAUCUCCCGAGUUCCUCUCCUUUCUAACAUCUCCCGAGUUCCUCUCCUUUCUAACAUCUCCCGAGUUCCUCUCCUUUCUAACAUCUCCCGAGUUCCUCUCCUUUCUAACAUCUCCCGAGUUCCUCUCCUUUCUAACAUCUCCCGAGUUCCUCUCCUUUCUAACAUCUCCCGAGUUCCUCUCCUUUCUAACAUCUCCCGAGUUCCCCUCCUUUCUAACAUCUCCCGAGUUCCCCUCCUUUCUAACAUCUCCCGAGUUCCCCUCCUUUCUAACAUCUCCCGAGUUCCUCUCCUUUCUAACAUCUCCCGAGUUCCUCUCCUUUCUAACAUCUCCCGAGUUCCUCUCCUUUCUAACAUCUCCCGAGUUCCUCUCCUUUCUAACAUCUCCCGAGUUCCUCUCCUUUCUAACAUCUCCCGAGUUCCCCUCCUUUCUAAUAUCUCCCGAGUUCCCCUCCUUUCUAACAUCUCCCGAGUUCCUCUCCUUUCUAACAUCUCCCGAGUUCCUCUCCUUUCUAACAUCUCCCGAGUUCCUCUCCUUUCUAACAUCUCCCGAGUUCCUCUCCUUUCUAACAUCUCCCGAGUUCCUCUCCUUUCUAACAUCUCCCGAGUUCCUCUCCUUUCUAACAUCUCCCGAGUUCCUCUCCUUUCUAACAUCUCCCGAGUUCCUCUCCUUUCUAACAUCUCCCGAGUUCCUCUCCUUUCUAACAUCUCCCGAGUUCCCCUCCUUUCUAACAUCUCCCGAGUUCCCCUCCUUUCUAACAUCUCCCGAGUUCCCCUCCUUUCUAACAUCUCCCGAGUUCCUCUCCUUUCUAACAUCUCCCGAGUUCCUCUCCUUUCUAACAUCUCCCGAGUUCCUCUCCUUUCUAACAUCUCCCGAGUUCCUCUCCUUUCUAACAUCUCCCGAGUUCCUCUCCUUUCUAACAUCUCCCGAGUUCCCCUCCUUUCUAAUAUCUCCCGAGUUCCCCUCCUUUCUAACAUCUCCCGAGUUCCUCUCCUUUCUAACAUCUCCCGAGUUCCUCUCCUUUCUAACAUCUCCCGAGUUCCUCUCCUUUCUAACAUCUCCCGAGUUCCUCUCCUUUCUAACAUCUCCCGAGUUCCUCUCCUUUCUAACAUCUCCCGAGUUCCCCUCCUUUCUAACAUCUCCCGAGUUCCUCUCCUUUCUAACAUCUCCCGAGUUCCUCUCCUUUCUAACAUCUCCCGAGUUCCUCUCCUUUCUAACAUCUCCGGAGUUCCUCUCCUUUCUAACAUCUCCCGAGUUCCCCUCCUUUCUAACAUCUCCCGAGUUCCCCUCCUUUCUAACAUCUCCCGAGUUCCUCUCCUUUCUAACAUCUCCCGAGUUCCUCUCCUUUCUAACAUCUCCCGAGUUCCUCUCCUUUCUAACAUCUCCCGAGUUCCUCUCCUUUCUAACAUCUCCCGAGUUCCUCUCCUUUCUAACAUCUCCCGAGUUCCUCUCCUUUCUAACAUCUCCCGAGUUCCUCUCCUUUCUAACAUCUCCCGAGUUCCUCUCCUUUCUAACAUCUCCCGAGUUCCCCUCCUUUCUAACAUCUCCCGAGUUCCCCUCCUUUCUAACAUCUCCCGAGUUCCUCUCCUUUCUAACAUCUCCCGAGUUCCUCUCCUUUCUAACAUCUCCCGAGUUCCUCUCCUUUCUAACAUCUCCCGAGUUCCUCUCCUUUCUAACAUCUCCCGAGUUCCUCUCCUUUCUAACAUCUCCCGAGUUCCUCUCCUUUCUAACAUCUCCCGAGUUCCUCUCCUUUCUAACAUCUCCCGAGUUCCUCUCCUUUCUAACAUCUCCCGAGUUCCUCUCCUUUCUAACAUCUCCCGAGUUCCUCUCCUUUCUAACAUCUCCCGAGUUCCUCUCCUUUCUAACAUCUCCCGAGUUCCCCUCCUUUCUAACAUCUCCCGAGUUCCUCUCCUUUCUAACAUCUCCCGAGUUCCUCUCCUUUCUAACAUCUCCCGAGUUCCUCUCCUUUCUAACAUCUCCCGAGUUCCUCUCCUUUCUAACAUCUCCCGAGUUCCUCUCCUUUCUAACAUCUCCCGAGUUCCUCUCCUUUCUAACAUCUCCCGAGUUCCUCUCCUUUCGAACAUCUCCCGAGUUCCCCUCCCCCCGUUGUGCCGUGCUGCUCACAGUCCGUAGGGGAGGUAGUGGCCCGAGGUUCCAUCAUUGGUCGGUGGGAAAAGCAGUGUCGGUGGGGGAAGCAGUGGUUCGGGGCUCCAUCAUUGGCUACCAAGCCGGGUCCUUCGUCCGAUCCUACCUUCUACAAAUAGGCCUCAAACCAUCCCAGCUGGUACCACUGAACAGUGAGGCUGACUAUUACGAGGCACUGACCACGAAGCGAGUGGAGGCCAUAGUGGAUCAGACGCCCUACAUCGCCCAGUUCAGCUCUCAGUACUGCGGCAUCCUCGUCUCUAUGCAGAACCUUCAGAACAUCUACUUGGCAUUUGCCUUCCCCAUUGGUUCCCAUCUGGGUGAUGACGUGGCACAUGCGCUGCUCUACGUGGCACAAAGUGGAGAGCUGCAGAGGAUACGAGAAGAUGUCUUUGCGACAACAGGGUCGUGUGGCAAGGCCUCCUCCUCCACCCUUCAACUCGGCUUCCGCAGUUUCAGCGGCAUCAUGCUUGUCUACCUGGGGCUGUCUCUGGGGGCUGUCUCUGGGGGCUGUCUCUGGGGGCUGUCUCUGGGGGCUGUCUCUGGGGGCUGUCUCUGGGGGCUGUCUCUGGGGGCUGUCUCUGGGGGCUGUCUCUGGGGGCUGUCUCUGGGGCUGUCUCUGGGGGCUGUCUCUGGGGGCUGGGGGCUGUCUCUGGGGGCUGUCUCUGGGGGCUGUCUCUGGGGGCUGUCUCUGGGGGCUGUCUCUGGGGGCUGUCUCUGGGGGCUGUCUCUGGGGGCUGUCUCUGGGGGCUGUCUCUGGGGCUGUCUCUGGGGGCUGUCUCUGGGGGCUGUCUCUGGGGCUGUCUCUGGGGGCUGUCUCUGGGGGCUGUCUCUGGGGGCUGUCUCUGGGGGCUGUCUCUGGGGGCUGUCUCUGGGGGCUGUCUCUGGGGGCUGUCUCUGGGGCUGUCUCUGGGGCUGUCUCUGGGGGCUGUCUCUGGGGGCUGUCUCUGGGGGCUGUCUCUGGGGGCUGUCUCUGGGGGCUGUCUCUGGGGGCUGUCUCUGGGGGCUGUCUCUGGGGGCUGUCUCUGGGGGCUGUCUCUGGGGGCUGUCUCUGGGGGCUGUCUCUGGGGGCUGUCUCUGGGGGCUGUCUCUGGGGGCUGUCUCUGGGGGCUGUCUCUGGGGGCUGUCUCUGGGGGCUGUCUCUGGGGGCUGUCUCUGGGGGCUGUCUCUGGGGGCUGUCUCUGGGGGCUGUCUCUGGGGGCUGUCUCUGGGGGCUGUCUCUGGGGGCUGUCUCUGGGGGCUGUCUCUGGGGGCUGUCUCUGGGGGCUGUCUCUGGGGGCUGUCUCUGGGGGCUGUCUCUGGGGGCUGUCUCUGGGGGCUGUCUCUGGGGGCUGUCUCUGGGGGCUGUCUCUGGGGGCUGUCUCUGGGGGCUGUCUCUGGGGGCUGUCUCUGGGGGCUGUCUCUGGGGGCUGUCUCUGGGGGCUGUCUCUGGGGGCUGUCUCUGGGGGCUGUCUCUGGGGGCUGUCUCUGGGGGCUGUCUCUGGGGGCUGUCUCUGGGGGCUGUCUCUGGGGGCUGUCUCUGGGGGCUGUCUCUGGGGGCUGUCUCUGGGGGCUGUCUCUGGGGGCUGUCUCUGGGGGCUGUCUCUGGGGGCUGUCUCUGGGGGCUGUCUCUGGGGGCUGUCUCUGGGGGCUGUCUCUGGGGGCUGUCUCUGGGGGCUGUCUCUGGGGGCUGUCUCUGGGGGCUGUCUCUGGGGGCUGUCUCUGGGGGCUGUCUCUGGGGGCUGUCUCUGGGGCUGUCUCUGGGGGCUGUCUCUGGGGGCUGUCUCUGGGGGCUGUCUCUGGGGGCUGUCCUCUGGGGGCUGUCUCUGGGGGCUGUCUCUGGAGGCUGUUUCUGGGGCUCCUCAACAAUUCUUCCUUCUUCUCUUCUGUCCCCAAACCCGGCCCCACUCCAACCUGA